AUGGUUCUCGGUGAAGAAGCCCUGGGAAAGAUGGCUCUUUUACGAAAACGAGGUCCUCGGCACGUGGCCUGGAGUGGGAGAGGGAAGGUGCGUGGAAUGUCACGGCUCGGCACGAGGAAGGACAAGGCCGCGGUCCCCGCGGUGGAGAAGCCGCUAGGACCGCAGUGGUUCUGGGAUGGGGGGCAGCUGGGGGUAAGGAAGGCGGAAGGGGAGGGAGGCUGGGGCCUGCGUGAGGGCGCCACUGGGCGGGACAGCCCGCGGAAGGCCCGGCCCCUUCCGGGUGGGACACGCCCUGAGAAGGCAGUUCGGUCGGAGGCGGACCGACUCAGGGGCUUUCGUGAGCAGGUGGCAUUCCCUCUCAACCAGGUGCUGCGCCAGCUCGUUCCCACCCCUGCCACGGACAGGCAGACAGAGCUGCACGUGGUUCCGCCACGGGAACGAGUCCCCAGCACUGCGCGGCCGCCGGAGUGUUCGCGGCCGGUUAACGGAGAAGCAGCCCCCGGGGAAGCUGUCAACACCAGCAUCCGCAGGACCAAGCAGCAGCACACGGCGGACUCCGGGUUGCUCCAGGGCAGCCUCCCUCUCGUCAGCACCGUCACCACCACGGCAGCGGUCUGCCACUGGAUCACUUUCAUCAACCCGCCUCCCUUGUCUAUCCAAAUCCAAAGAAUUCCUCUGGCAAAUGUGCCCAUACCUGUUCAAUGUGAAUGCCCACCAUUUGGGUUAUUACAUUGUCUGAACAAAAACGCUGGAUUAUUAAUGAAAAUAAAGUGCCUGGGUAUGGAUUUGUCCAUCUUGCAAAAACUUUCUAAUGCACCAACAAAUCAUCUGAGCGCUGCUUAGUGCCGUGAUGUGAACAGAGUGCAGUCACAAAAUAAUCCGUCGUACACCCACAUUUAAUAAAGGCCCCGAAUUUAGGUCAGACUUCAAUUACUUUAAAAAAGAAGCAAACAAAUAACCUCACACUCAUUUUCAAAGACGCACUUUUGAUCUUGCUUCACCCCCCGCGAUGAUGGCCCUUCUGAGCCCUUGUGAGCAGACACCCUGACCCCUCAAAUCUAGGAGGAGAGGACAGGGGGAGGCAGCCGGGGUUCCAGUGAUUAAUGAUGGCAAAUGAAUCGUUGUGUGUUUAACUAUGAUUAUCUGACUCUUUGCCCUCUUGGAUCUGGAUGCACUUUCCAGCUGCGGACAUGGACAGACUGACUUCUGCUCUGCGGCUGUCUUGCUCUCCCCUAUCUUCCCCACUCAGUAGCUGCAGACCUCGCGAAGCAGGCUCCUUAACAUUCUCGAGGAGCCGAGACUGGAACCGCAUCAACAGAGACAUCCC